CUUAUCUCCUUUAUUUACUUUGCCAAAUAAUUUUAUUUUUCAUUUUUGCUGAACAAGUUGUUCUCAGUUCAUGUUGUAUCUAAUCGGUGCUGCUUUAAGAUUUCAACACAGAGCAAAAACCAAGUGAACGAAAUUGAAGGAGUGUGAGAGGAUAAAAAAUAGAAUUAUUUUUUGGAUGAUGAUAUGUUUGGCUGUGAUUGAUGGGGAAUAGAACGGUGAAUAAUGGUGUAGAAAAUAAUAAGAAAGAUUCAGCAGCAAUGCCGAGCUACGUUCCUGCAGUAUCCUCUUCAAAUCCCAGCGGCACAGAGGCAAAUGCCGUUCAUUCUUCUCAAAUUCCGGACUUUGGAGCCCUUGAGCAUUUUCGAAUAGAGGAUGCUAUUAAUCUGACCAGAAAUCCUUUAUUUAAUCAAAUAAAAUCAAAUAGCCAGGCUUUAGCUGAUGCUCAGUUUGGCGCUUUAAGCAAGACACUUGGAUCCACAGACAACAAUCUCUCUGCUGCUGUUGUGGGAUCCCAACCAUUACCGCUUCAGAAGGUUAUCCAACCAAAUCUUGCGCAUAUAUCAGUUGGUCGGGAGAACUGGGGGGACUCCAAUAUGGCGGAUGGCAGCCCCAGAACUGAUACGUCAACAGAUGAUACUGAUGAGAAGAAUCAAAGGUUUGGAAGAGGUGUAAAAAAUGCUACUGUGGCCUCGGAUUCUAGUGAUAGGUCAAAAGAUAAAACAGAUCAGAAGACAUUGCGCAGGCUUGCUCAAAAUCGCGAGGCUGCAAGAAAAAGCCGAUUAAGGAAAAAAGCAUAUGUGCAACAACUAGAGAGUAGUCGACUGAAACUGACACAACUUGAGCAAGAGCUGCAGCAAGCUCGUCAGCAGGGUAUAUUCAUUUCAAGCUCCGGAAAUCAAUCUCAAUCAAUGGGUGGAAAUGGUGCCCUGGCAUUUGAUGCCGAGUAUGCACGGUGGCUAGAGGAACACAAUAGGCACAUAAGUGAGCUGAGGGCUGCAGUCAAUUCACAUGCUGGUGACACUGAACUUCGCACUAUUGUCGACAGCGUCACAGCACAUUUUGACGACAUUUUUCGUUUGAAAGGCAUCGCUGCAAAAGCUGAUGUUUUUCAUAUCUUAUCGGGAAUGUGGAAAACACCAGCAGAACGGUGUUUUCUUUGGAUAGGUGGAUUCCGCUCAUCUGAGCUUCUUAAGCUUCUUGCAAAUCAGUUGGAGCCUCUAACAGAGCAACAGUUUAUGGGUAUCCAGAACUUGCAGCAAUCAUCCCAGCAGGCCGAAGAUGCGUUGUCGCAAGGGAUGGAAGCAUUACAACAAUCUUUGGCAGAGACUUUGGCAAAUGGAUCACCUGCCCCCUCGGGACCAUCUGGAAACGUGGCAAAUUAUAUGGGUCAAAUGGCCAUGGCCAUGGGAAAGCUAGGAACCCUUGAAGGGUUCCUUCGUCAGGCCGAUAAUCUACGACAGCAGACACUUCAACAAAUGCACCGGAUCUUAACGACUCGGCAAUCAGCUCGUGCCCUUCUUGCAAUAAAUGACUAUUUCUCUCGGCUUCGAGCUCUCAGUUCUCUCUGGCUGGCCAGGCCUCGUGAAUGACAAGUAGAUACAAAGUUCAUCUCUAUGAAAACAGUCUCCACACGGCGCUGUUCUUCAAUAUCAACAUCAACAUCCAGAAUCUUCCGGGAAGCAGCAAUGGCUACAGAAUGUUGUAAAAUGAUAGACGACAGAUCGAAUAAUAAUGUGAUAAGUACGAUGUUAGGAUUAAGAAAUGAAGAUAGGGGGUGGUACAUGUAACAAAGGUAAAAUAAGUUAAAGUUGUGAAUGUGUAUUCAGAAUAGUAAUGA